AGCUGUCCUUUGUUUUGUUCCCCUCCCAAAUCCAGUAUCCGUUCAAGCCGCAGCCCAUCGGUGGUGUAACCGGAAGCCGCCGCGAAUGGCGUCGACGUCAGGCCAACGCAGCGGCGCCCCUCUCGGAAAACUCAGAUCAGUCACGGGAAUGCUCGACUCAGACAAUCAGUCCCUUAUCAGAGAGAUGAGGAAGGCUAUGAAUCUAAUGAAGGAAGUUGCAGUUGAUUUGGAGAAGGAAAACAUGUCAGAUAAGGUGAAGGAGCUUGAAACUGGUCUUGUUGAGAUGCUGGAAACUUCUAAUGACUGUUUGCAUUUUUCUAAUGCAAUCCAAAGUAUCGGAAGUGUGUAUGAACCUGGACCAGAGCCAACAGAUUUUAAGAAGUUGUUUGAUGCUGAAAUUAGAAAAUCUAAAGCAAUUUCUCCCUCUCAGAAUCAUGCACUACUACGACAAUUCAGGGAAGCUGUCUGGAAUGUUCAUCAUGCUGGACAACCAAUGCCGGGAGAAGAGGAAGAUGAUAUUGUAAUGACCAGUUCAGCCUGCAACCUCCUUAAUGUGACUUGUCCCUUAAGUGGAAAGCCUGUCACAGAGUUAGUUGAACCUGUUAGAAGCCGGGAGUGCAAACAUAUAUUUGAGAAGGCAGCUAUUAUGCGACACAUAAAGAAUGCGCAUGGCAGAUGUCCUGUUGCAGGUUGCCCGAAACUUGUGCAUGCAAACAAAGUUGCGUGCGAUGCAUUCUUACUCGUUGAAAUCGAUGAACUUCGCUCAAUGGGCAAAGAAGCUGGAGGGUCUGGGAUGGUAGAGGAUGUCACAGACCUACCAGGGGGGACCGAGGAAGCUGAUGAAGACUGAUCAUGGGAGAAAUUCUUGGUUAUGUUUUUUUGCCCCUGAUAUUAUUAUUAUUAUUCAGGGAGUAUCCUUGUACUAAUUCGAAACAGGGUUUUACUAAACACAGCGUGAUGUUAGUUAGUACUUAGGGAGUAAUAAUAGUAAGUUCCUAGU